CUUCUGUACACGUCACUCUCCGACAAGUGAAUCAUUCUUGGAUCGAAGGACGGCUCGAAGCAGGGAACAAUGGUGGAUAUAAUGAUUUCAGGACAAUAAUCUUAAACGGGAGAGCUCGUUUAUCGGUUGCGUAAGAAAAUGAGUCAGAAGGCUAGAGAAAAGCUUCGCCUUAUCAUUGUCCCGGAAAAGAUCACUCGUUUUGUUUCUUUACCGGCGAGAAUCGCUGAUUAAAUGCACGUCGGACGUCACCAAAUGUAAUUACAUCCAUUUUGUGUGUUACUUGUUUUCAGAGGAAAAUACAUACAUCUGUGAAGCUCAACUGUGUGUUCUUUCGAAGAAAUCGUUAGCGUUUUAUUGUUUCAAAUUCUAUCGGGAAUCGAAGGUAACGCGCGACUUCAAAUUUAUUGGAGCGAUUCAUUGGAAGAAAAUGUCCCGAGAGCCAACAGACCUCGAUUUUAUAUAAAUAUACGCACGAUGAAAUCGAAAAAAUUCCACAGCUCGAUAUUUAUGAAUUCGUAAAUCAAAUAUCCUAUUUUAAUAUACGACAGUGAACUUUUACGUAUCUUUUUCUUUAUAAUACAUUGCACUUGUAGUUGCACCGUCGCAUUCGAUAAAUAUUUCGACAAAUGUGUCGCUUGUACGUGAAUAAUGUGAAUUUAUCAUAAUUUUAAAAUUAGAUUUUUCGUUCUACCAUUCUUAGACGACGAAGCUCCAUCAGCUCAGUAGAUACAGGUCACUUGUUUCGCAGAUACGUGAAUAUUUUUCAUAAAUAGCCGGAUCAGUUCCGAGGCACCUUCGCAGAUAAAAUGUGUAUUCAAUAGCGUGAAGUUGAAAUAACUUCGUGAUUUCCAUCUUUUUAUAACUUCUCGUACUGUUCUUCAAUUAAAGGAGGUUAAAGGUCAAGGAGAUCGACUCCAUAAAUUCCUAUUGACAAAACAUCUUUCUUUCUUCAAGAUCAUCUUUCUGCACGUUCACAGACUGCAUUCGAUUCGAAAUUUAUUCGCAGUAUUCUUCGUAUCUUAUCCUUAGGUUCGUGUCGCACGUAAAAAUAGAAUUCUCACUGAUACAAAAUAAUCUCGGAGGAAAUGAAUCGUCUCGUUUCUUAAGAGAUCGUUUCUUUCCAACGUCUGAGAGAUCGAGAGCUUUCCAAGAAGCUCAUGGCACGCGCCAAAAAUCGGUGUCUCGGAAACAAACGCGUCCAGCAGACGACGUGCCUCGGCUCGUCGUGACCGUCCGGAAGAGGUGUCUGCCGAUUUUAGAAAAUGUAGGUUCCCUCGCAAAAGUAUCCCCCACUAAAAGGAAGCCGUACAGAGCGGCGUAUGUGGGGUACACGUCGGUCGCGCGUAUCAGUUUGCCGCUUCAGCAAAGGCUCAGUCGCGAGCGGCGCAGGCCUGCGAUUACACACACACAACACACAGCGCCUGUACGACGAUCGGCCGAUUCGUUGCUUCCGCGUCGAAUUAUUCUAAUUCGCCUGGCGCCUGAUUUUUCGAUCGAGAACCCGAUUCAAGUAAAAAUCGAAAAAAAUUACGCGGAUAUUACGUGAACUCGCGCGGUGCACCGAUCGAGCAAAACGACAUCCACCUGUUUUGAAAAUUCCGCCACUGACCGCCUCUCCAAAUCCAACCAGUGAAAGUGCGAUCCAAGUGAAGUUCGAACGAGGCGCGAUCUUUGGAUUUAACAGGAAAUACCAUCGCUUUGAUUGAUGGUCCGACUCGAGAAUCAGUGAGAAUUACAUCGAGUGUUACCGGAAUACUGACUGUAAUGAUAAAAACAACGUUGCGUCGAAAGUGCGAGCAAACCGUUUGCUAGGCUUAUCAGUUCGGUGAUACGAUGUGAAACGCGUGAUAAAUGUUGCUGGAAUUCACCGCGGAGAUGCUGACGCUGAUCGGAGGCCUGAUCGUCGCCUAUUUCAUCUACGUGCUCUUCACCAUACGAAAUGACAAACCGAGCACGGAUUCGCCGACGAUGGCGCACACGGCGCUGCGCGAGAUCGUGGAACGUGCCGUGGAGGAAGCGAGGAAGUUGCCGGGCCUCGGUGGUUCCGGUGGCACCGGAAACGCACCAGAGGCGCGAAACGUCGCGGAGCACAGUUACGAGGACAUACUCGCCACCGCGAUACUCAACAAGGCGAGAGCGAGGCAGGCCUCGACGAAGGUGUCGAGGAAGGCUGCAGCAGCUUGGAACCGCUGUCUCAGGACGAUUGCAGCAGCGACUGCAGUGCGUCUUGCUCGAGACGCGUUAGAAACCAACCGGAGCCAUUAUCUCUCACGAUAGAAGAGCGGAUAGAGGAGGUGACGACGACUUAUGCAUCCGACGAGGAUCACAGGGAAAACGAUGUCUUGCCCAUUAAGAACGCCCAUCGGGUUCCGUUUCCUGAACUCGGGAUGGACAUUAUCGAUCCCUCUCAGGAAUCGGACAGUCAGGAUGAGCCUGACACGCCAAGGACGCACAUAGGUUUAGUCUCGCCGAUCGAGUCUUGGGAAGAGAACUGGCUGUUCCAAAAGAAGAGAGUUCAAACCCAGGCUGACCCCGUGGCCAUGUUGGUGCCUAACCCCAGCGCCGAUUUCAAAGCCCUGAUCGGCGACAAAGACGCGGAAGACACGUCCGAUUUGUCCGAAUGCUCGUCGGCACAGUCGGACGAGGAGAUCGAGAAGGAGUUGAUGGAAGCCAUAAACAACGUUGUGCCACGAUCUCCCGGGAAAAGGGAGUUCGAGAAUGAUCUGGAGUACUCGAAUUGGUCGGACGACUUCUCGUCGAAGGAAAAUACUGUGAAUUCAGUUUCCAACGGUUUCCAAGCCGUGCACGACGAAAGGAACGAAGAAAAGACUGACUGGAGGAAACUGAAGGAAGAGAAGGAAGAAAGUUAUAAACAGAAUCGAAGCAUAGAAAGAAACGAAGAGGUCAAAGCCAAAGAGCUCGAGGAGGAGCAAGUCAAAAAGAAGCUGGAGAGAGUCGAAACUGAAAACGAGAAACCUAUUCCAGUGUCACGAAAUUUAAUCGGUAAUGGUCUGACAAAGGCAGAAAUGGAGCGACAAACGACGAACGAUCUUCUAUCCAAAGAAGAUAAAAAGCAUUCGAUCAACGACGAAGUGAAGAGAAAUGAAUUGGACAAUCUGUCGAAUUCCAUCAAUUCGAAGAGCUUGACGAUUACUGUGCCCGAUGAAAGUGCUCUGGACGUGCCAAAGACACCGACACCCACGCCAACGAGGAUCUCCAUGCUGGAAAUUAAUCUGGAGAAUCCUUUUCACAACGAGGAAACGUACAUCUCGCAGGAAAAGAUUGUUCUGAACUCGUUGGAAUGCGCGAAGAAGAAGCUGAUGGCCGUCAAUGACGAUAUCGCGGAAGUAUUCGAAGAGGAGGAAGCGAUCGAAUACACCGAGCAUUACGACAUCGCGACUCAGAGACACUUGGACAGCUUGACGAAGUCUGAAUCGUUGGAGUCUUCGCCGUUGACGAAUUCCUCCUUGGAGAAUAACGAAAGCAAGUGCCGAGAGGCUGUGGCGUUCGCCAAAGCUGAAUCGGCGUCGCAUCUGUCCCUGCAGAGCAAGGAUCCGGAGGCAGAGGGUCGGCUCGGUGCCCCUCCGAGACCAGGUGAUCAAACUCACGCACGAAUCGUGCUUUCUAACAAUUUCAAUCCUCAUCACGGUGUAAUGAAACAAACAGGUACGAUCGCCGAACGCGAGCACAGAAAGUGGGAGAAUGCGCCGCCGAUCGAGAACAAUCCCUACAGCCAGGAGAACAUCCAAAAGAGGCUAUGGGAGAGGCAGUACUCGAGGAGAUCGUCAGACAUUCCCGGGUUCGGCAGGGACUACUACAUCAACGAUUCAAGAUCGUCAGGCAACGAGAAGGGGAGAAGAUCGGCGGUGUCGAGCUCGAGCAGACCGAGCAGCUCGUUGUCCCAACGAUCAAGCUCCAACGGGAUAGCAGACCAGGAUCAACAGGAGGAAACACAGUACGGAGAAACGGAGACGAUCCUGAAUCGGAGCAACGACGUGAAGUCCAGGGCGACGAAAUGGCAGAAUAACAACGUGGAGAACAACUGUCAACAGCCGGUUCGACAACAGGACGACCCCUCGGACGAAACCAAGAAAGACAAGGACAAGUUCGAGCGCCAAAAGUCGUGGGAGGAUCAACGAAUGGAGGAAAUUCUGGAGAACGAGAGGAAGAACAGCAAGAACGAGAUCAACGCGAAACUGAACAACCAGGAGAAUUAUGAGAAUGUUGUCAUGGAAACGAGAAAGUCCAAUCCGGUGGAUGACAAUCCGCGAAAGAUCAAGAGGAUCGACUUGAAGGCCUACGGAUUCGAAAAUGAAUUCUUCUCCGGCAAAACGACCAGAACCUCCGCGCCGAGGGUCGUCAAUAAACUGGACCUGAAGUCUUUCGGUUACGACAAUGGAAUUCGACGGACACAGUCGAAUAUUCAGUUGAACAGUGUAGGGAGCGACGAGUUCAAAGCGAGGUUCGUCAGGGCAACGAACAAGUCGAAUUUAACACGACGAAACGAGUACGAGCAGGAUCGCCGCGACAUCAUCGAGAGCAAUCUGCGUGCCUCCGGCGAGAACAAUCUGACACAGAGUACGGAAACUUUGAACAAGUUCGAGAACGGCAGCUACAACGAUUUUGGAUUGAAGUCGGCAAAAUCGGUGCCAAACAUCGCCAAAUUCUAUUCGAACUCGAACGGCCAAGAGGAUGAGGAGGUGGAGAGCUACAGUCAGAAUUCGUACAACGAGUUCGGUGUGAUAAAGAACGGAUCGGUGAGGAACAUCGCGAAUAAUUACGGUUUGGAGAAGUACAACGUUAAAAGUAACGAUUCGUCGAUCGACGUUUCGGAGAACGAGACGGACAACUCCUCCGAGAGGGAACAGAGUCACCGAUCGAUGAGUGACGUCAAGAAGAGAAUUUUAAGCGACGAAGAAUUUGACAACAAGGUGCUGCCGAUGCCAUCGGUCAGGAGGCUCGCUGAAGCAUUCAGCAAACAGACCGUGCCCGUUUCUGCCCCUAUUUCGAAGGUAACCAAGUCGAGCAACGUGAAUAAAGAGAGAUCGUCAACGCCAGAGAUCCAGAUAGUUGAAACGCCGAGACAGAUGCACAGCCUGACCGCCCGAUCGCUUUCGAAACAAUUUCGUGAAGGCCUGAGGCAAAUUCCGAACAAAGUGACUUCACCUCCGGCUAGUCACGUCGUUAUGGAGCAACCAAACAUAACGGAGAAUCAAAUGGAAGUAGUGCAAGCAAAGAGCGACUUGUCCAACGACACGAACGUAAUUCUACCUGGAAAACUGAAGUCGAAUAUAAUAUUUUGGGAACAGAUGCAGAAGAAAAGUUAAAGCGUAUUUAUUCGCUCAAAAUUGGCUCUAAUUGAUGUUUUAUUGAAAAGAAAGAGAGAGAAAGUUAAUUUAGAAUUCGAAUUAAACUAACGUGUCAAAUAAAAAGCGUGUAGAUAAAGAAUAUAAAGAAAUCCAAAUAACUUGAUCUUGUUUUUCAUAGAGAGCGAUAGAAAUUAUGUUAUUUUCGAUAAAUUAGAAUUUU